GCAACGUCGAAUUCGAGAUCCGAAGCAUGCGACUGUGAUACCCACGAGAAAUCUGGCAAAAUGGUGUUCAUUCUCGGUGUCAACUUCGGAGAACAAAAGUUGGUCAAGAAAGCCCUCGAGUCCUUCUACGCUCUCGGGUCGACCACUUCCGCACGCAUUAUGGCCAAGCACUCCAUCCACAAGCUCGCCAAAGUCGGCUCCCUCGCCCCCAGGACCGUCACCUCCCUCACGGCAGAACUAUCGCAGAUGACGCUCGAGACCGACGCCCGCCGACUCGUCCAGGAGAAUAUUCGCAGAUUGAAGGACAUGGGCACGUACCGUGGUCGACGACACGCCAUGGGUCUGCCGGUGCGCGGACAGCGGACGAGGACGCAGACGGCAACAGCGAACAAGCUCAACAGGGUCGAGCGACGAGGUUAAACCUGGACUUCGGCUUGGGAAUAGAAAACGGAAAUACCGCGGUUGCAACAAAUCUAGAGGCAUAUGUGAAGCGGUGGUCAUCACGGGAAAAGCCAGCGGAGGAAGUG